AACAUUUCGAGCAAGGCCCACGACCAAAGUCGUCGACAAUCACUAUCACUUGUUCAAAACAUCGCUGGUUGCCGUCAACGCAGACACCAGUCCGACGUUGUUUCGUACCGUGUAAAUCGACCCGACCACACAAAGGACCUCUGCCGGUACCGUAGACUACCAUCGACAACAUGGACGCACCGCAAGAGAAGGCCAACUUGGACAAAGGAGACCUCGACCUUCUCAGCAUCAUAGAACGGACCUGCUCGGUCUUCUCGCUGCUGGGAUGUGUAUUCAUCAUUGUCACAUUUUGCUCGUCUAGAGCGUUCCACAAGCCCAUCAAUCGGCUCGUAUUCUUCGCUUCCUUUGGAAAUACGAUGACGAACGUUGGCACGCUAAUGGCGAGGUCCUACAUUGGUUCUCCGGACUCGCCAGGCUGCCAGCUUCAGGCCUUUUUGGUUCAAAUGUUCAUGCCGGCUGAUGCAUUUUGGACACUUACUAUGGCCAUCAACGUCUACCUGACGUUCUACUACAAGUUCGACGCCGAAAGACUACGGAGAAUGGAGAUACCGUAUCUUGUUUGCUGUUAUGGAAUUCCCUUCAUCCCAGCACUGGUCUAUGUCUUUGUCAGGAACGGCGAUGGAUUGAGGGUCUAUGGCAACGCGACAUUAUGGUGCUGGAUUCGACCUGAGUGGGAGAUCUGGCGCAUUCUAACAUUCUACGGACCCGUUUGGAUUGCAAUUUUGAUCACUUUCUUCAUCUACAUCCGCGCGGGCCGAGAAAUUUACCAAAAGCGAAAGCAGCUUCACAAUUUCAGCUCCUCGGACCACGACCAAAUGAACUCGUUCCACGACGUUCUAACCUCGGUGAAAACGACCGAAGUCUACGUCACCUCGGAAGCGAUGGAUCAGCCUCAGGGUUCUAUUGGUCUUGCCACAGUGGGAAGACGUGGCUCGGAAGCUGGGCCAGUCCCACGACUACCCAACGCUGCUUACUCUGUCAGCAUUUCUGCCAAUCGCUAUAGCCGCAAUGAAUCACAAGCAGAAGCGGCUGUCCCGCCUGCCGAAAGUAACACGGCGGAUGCUUCCGCCCAGCGGCCGAUGAACUCUGCUCGUCGACGCAACUACGAGCUCAACAACGCGGCUUGGUCUUACACCAAAUGUUCGAUCCUGUUCUUCACAGUCAUCUUGAUCACCUGGGUCCCGUCGAGUGCCAACCGCGUCUACUCGGUCAUUCACACCAAGGAGUCUUCGACGCCGCUUGAGUUUAUGAGUGCCUUCGUUCUUCCGCUUCAGGGCUUCUGGAAUGCGCUCAUCUACGUGGUGACUUCAUGGAAGGCCUGCAAGACGCUAUGGACCGAUAUUAAGUAUUCGUCUCGACGGCCAGAUGUGACGGAAAUUGUGGGCAGUUUCAGGCACAGCGACCAGUUCAAGAUCCCGAGCCAGAACCGCAGGACAAAAAACUACGAGAGUGAAAGCAUAACGGAGCUUACGAAUAGUCGACCGGUUUCAAAUGAGCAGGCAUCGCGGUCGUAGUGUAUGUAGGAG